CUCUUUUGGUGUGGCAACAUUUAAGUAGGACGCCAUCUUUCUUUUGCUUUAGCUUUCCGCUUCCGUUGACAGUUCUUUCAGGUUAAAACCUUCCCAAAAUGAAGGCUAAAGGAGAGUUGAGAGAAUAUGAGGUUAUCGGGCGCAAGCUCCCCUCGGAGAGCGAGCCUAAGCCCCCUCUAUACAAAAUGAGGAUCUUCUCCCCAGAUCCCAUUGUAGCCAAGUCCCGUUUCUGGUAUUUCCUUCGUCAACUCAAGAAGUUCAAGAAGACCACUGGUGAAAUUGUCUCCAUCAAGGAAAUCCCAGAGAAGAGCCCAGUCAAGAUCAAGAACUUCGGCAUCUGGCUCCGCUACGAAUCCCGCUCGGGAGUCCACAAUAUGUACCGCGAGUACCGUGACCUGAGUGUUGGUGGUGCUGUGACCCAGUGCUACCGGGAUAUGGGAGCCAGACACAGAGCUCGUGCUCACUCAAUCCAGAUCAUCAAAGUGGAGGUUAUCAAGGCGUCAGCGUGCCGCCGGCCGCAGGUCAAACAGUUCCACAACAGCACCAUCAGAUUCCCUCUGCCCAAGCGUGUGCACCACUACAAACGCCUCAACACCUUCGCGUACAAGCGACCAAGCACUUACUUCUUGUAAUUAUUAUGUACGUGACUAUUAUAAUAAAAUCCACGUGACGUGGUAAA